AUGACAGAAUCGGAAGAGGAAAAGAGCGACGAUGAAAUGGAUCAGGCUUUCCGAAUAUUAGAUCCAGAUUUUCUGGAUAGAACUGCUUGUCUUCCACCAGAUAUGCAUAAUGAUUGGAUCAGUGUACUUGCUGCCGAAAAUAAUCGGCGAAUUAGUGAUGCGAAUGAAUGGAAUCAUGUGUUUCAUACAUCUCGUUCCGCUGAAUAUAUUUUUACCGCUUGUACAAGACUUCGUCUACCACAAGAAGUGAAAUACAGUGCAUUGUUAAUAUUUGACAAUUUUAUGGUACAGUUAGUUAGUCGCUUGCAUGAAAGUAUAUACAACUCGAAACGAUCCGAUCGGAAGAAAUAUCAAGAAUGGAAUCGUAUUGAAGCGACAUUAUCGCGUCAAACGACAUUACGAAUGCUUUCCGCAAUUCAAAUUGCCUCCAAAAUGCACAGCUACCAUGACAGUUUGUCAAUCCAAACUGUAACGUUAUGUCUGAAAACGUUGGGAUUUGCUUAUACGGAAGAAUCUGUUGUACGAUCCGAAUUACGCGUUUUAUCAAUGAUCAAUUGGGAACCUGCGUAUCAUUGCACCCCACUCGUUUAUAUCGAGUCGCUAUUUAAAAUUCUUAAGAUGAAAUGGGAACAAGAUGUUGAAACAUGUAACUAUUGGCAGUAUAUCCUGUUAGUGCUGGAUUGUGUUUUCAUUCACUGGGACGAUGUAUACAAACGGAUGAUGGCCAAUGUAAUGGGUCCAUCGGCAUACAUUGUUACACGUGAACAAAUGUGCCGCGUGCAAGCGGACUGGUUCUUAUUGGCCUGUGGAGUAAUCGUGACUGCAUCUUGCUGUGUAGACGGAAUGCAGGCUGCUGAUGAAAUCACAAAUGAACUGCAUCGAUUAAGCAAUAUUCCACUAGCUGAUAUAACGGACAUGAGCGUCGCGAUAAUCGAAUGCAUCAUUAGCCAACAAGGAUCUACUGUUACCACCAGCAACAUUCAAAUUUGA